GGUCUCUCGGCUUUGCCAGGGCCAACUGGAGAAAGCUGACGCCCCGGGUCCAGUAAUCCUUAUGGGGGACCAACCUUGUGCCUCCGGGAGGUCCACACUCCCACCUGGAAAUACGCGGGAAGCCAAGCCUCCAAAAAAGCGCUGUCUCCUAGCUCCGCGCUGGGAUUAUCCGGAAGGAACUCCAAACGGAGGUAGUACCACUCUCCCCUCCGCACCUCCUCCUGCAUCAGCCGGCCUGAAGUCGCAUCCUCCUCCUCCGGAGAAGUAGGGGAAUAUAUUUCUGCCACCCCAAACCAGUCUAAAGGGAUUGCAUUAUGACUCCAUUUCCUUGGUGCAUUCGUAAAAUAGUUCACCCAGUGAAGACAGUGAAGAUUAUUUACAAUGCUACCCUGCUUUUUCUGAUGUUCUGCACCUGGAAGUUGUGAAAUUUAAGUAUUAUGAUGUAAUCAGCGUGAAUUUACCUCCUGAAUUUGGAUGAAUUCUAGGACAUGGGCAAGAUCAGCUUGUAGACUUCUAAGACCGAAGGUCAUGGCCUGAAUCAUGAUGAACUCACUAAAACAAAUAUUGCCCAUGAGAUGGUCCUGCACGCAGCCAACCAGUGCUCUCUGUUGGUGAUAUUCUAAUCCUUGCUGUAUAACUUUAAAUUGCCAUAAAUUCAUUAAGGUCCCAAUAAA